AUGGAAGAAUUGCCCAUCGAACCCAGUGGGAUCCUGUGGCAGGAUGACUUUAUCAACGCGGAGCACGAGCAACGCCUCGUCACAAUCUUCCGCAACGAAUUAAAAUGGCCCGAUCGGCCAGGCCGCAUAUCACUCCACUACGGCUACACAUUCGACUAUAAAACAUUCGGGAUUGACCCCGACAUCCCAUAUAAAGAAUUCCCAGAAUGGCUCCAACCACUCAUCCCGACUACAGAAUCCCGCCCGCCAGAGCAGGUCUGUCUCCAAUACUAUCCCCCGGGUGCUGGUAUUCCGCCCCAUACCGAUGCGCACAUGGCAUAUGACCAACUCUAUGCCCUGUCUCUUGGUGCGCCGGCAAUCAUGCAAUUUCGCAAAGGCGAGCACCGCGUUGAUGUUGACUUGAAGCCGCGGAGUAUGAUGCAGAUGACCGGGGAUUCAAGAUUGCAUUGGACUCAUGGAAUUAAGAAGCGCAAGAAUGAUACCCUGUUGGAUGGGACGGUUAGGCCGCGGGAGGAUCGUUGGAGUAUUACUUAUCGGUGGGUUAGGGAGGGUGAGUGUGAGUGUGGGAAUAUCGAUUUAUGCGAUGUUGCACAGCGAAGACAGGGAGUUGAGAAAGAAAAGAGAUCGGUAAAGGAGUUGGAGGCCAAAAUGGCUUGA